UCUUCAGAUCAUAACCACAGUUUCCAGAAGCAUCUAUAAUGGUCGUUGCCGAGCAAUAGUCCAUAUAUAUAUAAUUUCUAUUUUCUCCACAAAAAGGAAAUAGUCCAACUAAAACUUCAACCACGGAGGCAUUUCCUUGGGCCUGAAAGAAUCUCUUAAGUUCUCUUCUCUAAACAUUAAUUGUUUGAAGGUCGGAGCUUAAGACAUGAAAAUGUCCCAUAAGAGUACGCAUGUUUCGACGGUAGCUUCUCGUGUAAACUCAUACCGACGGAGUUCCCGGUUAGUAGAUGCAAAGAAGGUUCAUGGAUUUGACACUCAACUGAUUUCCUUGGAAAAAAUGGUUCAGCAGAGGCAAAGUAGUGAUCAGUUCAAGGCAGUUGCAAUCGUUGGGAAGCGUGGUGUUGGCAAAACAACUCUUUGCCAAGUACUUUUCAACAAGCCAGAGGUACAAGCCGUCUUCCUUCCCAGGAUUUGGGUUUGCAUGUCCUGGCAGCCCACUGAACAUGGAGACCGCAAGACAACAACUGUUAAGAGAAUGCUGACCUGUCUUGGAGUUGAUGAAAAAACCAUUCAAUCAAUAAUAGAUUCAGUACCAGCUGAGGCUGAUCGCCUCAGCAGUCUACUCUAUGCCCUUCACUUGCAAUUGACUGGUAAGAAAUAUCUGAUUGUGCUUGAUGAUGCUAUUGAGGAGGGUGAUGAUGCUGAUAAAAAAAAAAAGAAGGGUGAUGAUGCUAUUAAGGAGGGCGAUGAUGCUGAUCAAAAAAAGAAGAAGGGUGAUGAUGCUAUUAAGGAGGGUGACGAUGCUGAUCAAAAAAAGAAGAAGGGUGAUGAUACUGAUCAAAAAAAAAAGAAGGCUGAUGUUUUUAAGGAGAGAAACAAGUGGCUCGCAGAUUUGGAUUCUCCAAUUACUGAAAAAGAGAAAUGGGGUAAAUGUCUUGCCUUUGGAUUGCCUAAAGGACAUGGGGGAACAGUCAUCGUUACGAGUAGGGAUGAAAAUUUAGCGAAGGUAAUGGUUGGAGAGAAAAACUUGCUUCAUCUUCGGCCACUUUUAGACCCAAUGAGCUGCGCCUCAAUUUUCAAUGACCACAUAAAGGACGAACAGAAGUUAAAAAAGGACCUAGAAAAAGAAUUUCUGAAAAAGUGUGCUGGUCUUCCAUUAGCUGCGACGAUGAUGGGAAAGAUUAAGUCUGAAGAACCUGAAGAGAAGAACAAAACAGGAAGUCCCACUAGCUACAAAGAAGAAUUGAAGAAUGAAACUGAACUUCCAGCAGAACAAAAAGCUCAACCUGAAGGUGAAGACGCAAGAAGUCCCAAAGAUGAUGCGAAGAUUAAAUCUGAAGAAGAUCCAGAAGGAGCAAAACCCAUAAAACAACUAGAGAAAGACCCAAGAAGUUCCAUUGGCUCCAAAGAUGAUAAGCAGAUUAAAUCAGAAGAACUUCCAGCAGAAGCAGAACCCGGACCUCAUCAAGAGGGAGCCGCACACAAUGAAAUCAUUGAAGAAGCAGCUUCAGGAACAAAUUAAAUCGCAUUUAUGUUUUCCAAUGGGUUUCUUCUUGCCCUUCUUUUAGCUUCAAAAUUCUCUUACUCUGUCUGAAGUUGGUGUUAUUUUUCAUGUCUAUCCACUACUUUUCAUUUUAAGUAAGUUGCUUUUAAAUCCAACAUUCUAA